AUGAAAAGCCAAAAGAACAAUGAAAAAACAAAAACAAAAACAGAAACGCAAUCCAAUUUUGAAGAAAAUGAUGGAAAUGCUGAGAAGAGUGCGAAGCUUGACUCCGAAAAAACAAAUAAGCAUACCAUGUUAAAUACAGCAAAAAAAAAAAAGAAAAAAGUGGAAACUAAAAAAAAGAAGAAAAUGGGAGAAAAUGAAGAAAAGAAAGAAAAGAAAGAAAAGGGAAAAAAGGAAGAAAAGGGAAAAAAAGAAAGGAAGAUAAAAAAAAAAAAUCAUAAUAUUUAUAUUAAUGAAGAAAUUGACGAGAGUGAUGAUGAAUAUAAUUUAAAUACAAUUGGCAAUAUUGAUCUUAAGUAUUAUGACGACCUUGACAUUAUUGGUUAUGAUAUUGAUGGUAAGAAGAUAGAGAAGACAAACGAAAACAUGAUUGAUGAUUUCAUAGAAUCUAAAAAAGAUGUAGAUGCAUGGAGGAAAAUUAAGGAUAAGAAAAACAAUCGAGUUGUAACACUUACAGAUGCAGAUUUAGAAAUUAUAAGAAAAAUAAGAGAAAAUAGUGUAGCCAAAUAUAUAGACGAAUCAAGUUAUAUAUAUGAAAAUGAUAGAGAAGAAUAUAAAUUGCCUACUAAUUUUAAUGUAAAUAAAAAUAAUAAAGUAUCAAAAGGUGAGAAAAAGAAAAUAUUAAAACUAAUGAAAUAUUUAAUAGAUAAAGAAAAACAUCCUGAAAAAUAUAAAAACAAUCAAAAUAGUAACCAAGAAGAAUUGACAUUAUAUGAUAUGUGGAAUAACAAAAUUUAUGAUGAAUAUUCAAAUAUGAAUGAAAUAAAUUUACCAAAUAUAUUACCAGGUCAUAAAUAUAGUUACAAUCCACCACCAGAAUUAAUAUAUACUAAUUCUGAUGAAAAAAAUAUUCUAAAAAAUAAUAAAGAUGCAUUUAUACCUAAAAAUUGGGAAAAAAUAACAAAUAUAGAAUAUUAUAAAAAAACAUAUUAUGAUUUAUAUCAAAGAUGUUUAGAUAUAUAUUUAUGUUCAAGAUCUGUUAAAAGUGUAUUAGAUAUAAAAAAAGAAGAUUUAUUGCCUAAAUUGCCAACUACUCAAUCUUUAAAACCAUAUCCACAAUACCCAUUUAUAAAAUAUAAUAUAAAUGAUAAAAUAAAAAAUGAAGAUAAUGGUCAUAAUUAUAUUUGUUUAAAUGAAAAUGAUCAUAUUUUUUAUGUAAUAAAAAAUAAUAAGUUAUAUAUAUUCGAUAUAUUAACAUCAUAUAAUAUUGAUGUAAUAGAUUUGGAAAGUUAUUUUAAUUCUGCAUUGUCACCAAAUAAAAAUGAUAAACAAAAUAAUAAAAACUUAAUGAUAAAAAUAAAUAAAACAUAUUCUUUAUUAGCAAUAUCAUGGGGAAAUGUUAUUAUAUUAUUACAAUAUGAAAGUUAUAUACCUCCAAUCAAAUCUAACACAAUAGAUGUCGAACAAAUCUAUUAUGAUAUAAAAAAGAGAAAAAGUGAUUCUGUUAAUGAUACUAGCAAAAAUGAUGAACACAAUGAAUCAUCGAAAGAUGGUGCUGAAUUUGAAACUGAUCAAGAUGAUGACAAUCAAAUUUUUGAAGAUGAUUGGGAUGAUGAAGAUGUAAGCGAUGAUGAAAAUGGCGAAAAUGAUGAAAGCGACGAAAAUGGCGAAAAUGGAGAAAAUGACGAAAGUGAUAAUAAUUUGAAAAAAAAAAAAAAUAGCGAUUUGAGUAAAAAUAUGAUAUAUUGCAAAACUAAAGAAUUAAUUAAUUCUUUUAAUCAAAAUUUUAAAAAUACUGAUGAAUAUAUUUCUUCUUCUGAUUUGGAUAUCAAAUGGAUUAAGAUUCCAUCAAAUAAUAAGAAAUUGAAAUAUUGUGUAGCAAUAAAACAUGAAGGGUUAAUCAAAAAUUUUUCUUGGAACAAAAAUGGUAACUAUUUGUCAGUGACAUGCUUACGAAAGCUUGGACAAUAUCACCAUUGCUAUCUACAUCAUAUUAAAUCAAUGAGAACAAUAAAAUUAAUAAAUAAAUACAAACAAAAAAGAGGAGACAUAAUUCAAACUAUGUUUUUUCCACGUACUCCCUACUUUAUCGCUGCCUUUGAAAAUAGUAUAAUAAUAUAUAAUUUAAAACCUUCUUCAAAGAAAGAGAAGAUAUUCAAGAAACUAAGAGGAGUUAAAAAUGCAACAAGCAUAGAUAUACAUACAAAUGAAAGUUAUAUUUUAGUAUCUGAUGAAAAAGGAAAUGUUUUUAUUUAUGAUUUAGAUUUGGCUAGUAGUCCUUAUAAAAUGUUUCAUGCUCAAAAUUGUCCUUUAAAAAAAGCAGAAUUUCAUAAAGAAUAUAAUUUAUUUUAUUCAUUAGGAUCAAAUGGUGUUAUAAAUUUAUUUUACUCUAAAUUUUUUAAUGAUUAUAUAACGGACCCCAUUUUAGUACCAAUUAAAGAAAUAAAAAAUGAGGCAAAGAUUAUUGACCUGACUUGGUCAGAAAAAAAACCAUGGCUAUUUGCUCACACAGAGUCAAAUUUUUCUGUCUUAUACACAUAA